CCUCAGUUCACCAGUGGAUGGAGAGAGAGACAGAUCAUAACACAGACGGAUGUAAGACAGAAGAACCAAAGACACACACAAGAGUCUGAUAACACACAGGAAUAUAUGAUAAAAGACAAGAGAGAACGAGUGAGCGAGAGACAUGAAGAACGAUCUGUUCACCUGCACCAGAGUCUCUGAUGAAGGUUAACAAGACAACGGGAGACUUUGGGGACAACUGAAGUUAGUGGAGAGACACUAGACCACAGCAGGACUGCCAAUGGUGACCAAGAGCUACAUUAAAACAACAGAACCUUGAACCGGAGGAUUUAUGACAAAUGAGAUCUCAUCUUGCACUUGGGAAUUCCAUCCAUCUACUUCCUGUAAGGAAUAAUUACCUCUUUUUUUAGGUGGCAUGCUUGAAAAAAAGCCCCUUCCCCUCCGGGUCCUCAUCAGGGGGCAGAGCCAAUCAGCAGAGGUUAUGGGCCGCCGGGCAGCCGAAACUUCCAAUGCGGUGCCAGCGUUGGAGGUGCCUCUAGUUGGUGGGCAGGCCAUGCUCUCUCAUAAAUGGGGUCCUUUGUGCAGCGUUGGCGUGCAAACGUCUCCGGGACUUCGCUCGCUGCCAUCGUUAAAAAGGCGAACGCAAACCGUAAGCACGACCAAUGGACCAGUGGCGGAAACCAUGUCUCUGGACCGGGUGAGGCGUUGUGACGUCAACGGCAGACACGUCGUCAUGCCAACAUCCAAGAAUGCCGAUAAUCACAUCGCGCAAGACCGGAUGUCCCAAGACAGUGAGUUGUAUUGUCAAAUCAAGGUCAACCCCAACCAAUCAGGGCUUCGGGGAAGUUUAAAACGAACCCCUCGGUAUGCUAACGGAAGCAUUGUUGCGCCUGAGGCGGUGGGCGGGGUUUGUAGUGAGGGGGCGGAGUCUGAGGAAGCACGACGACAGAAUGAACCAAUUAUGCGGGAUUGUAGACGUGGUCAGUCGCUGAAAGGAGAGGGGUCUCGGCCGGUCACGCACUGUGGAAGCAUUAGCUCGUACACCACGCCCACUCGGCCCUGUCGUAUGAUGACAUCAUCGCCCAGACUGUGUGCCACCUGUGGGCGGAGGCAGUCUCAAUCCCCUGGCUGCAUGGCGCCUGCAUGUCGAAAGCGAGCAGCGAGUCAGGUUCAAGUGAGCACAACACUUCCGACGGCGCUUCAGAAAAGCUGUUUGCCCCGACAACGAAAACGAAAUUUCACCAUGGAGCAAGCGACGUACACGCAAAUUCCCAACACGCCCAAUCAGCAAACGCAAAGUGCGCCACAUUACAACUCCCUCCCCUUGCGAUCAAGCAAAAAAGACACGCAAACCAAGACGUCUGACAAACCAAAAACAUGCCAAAACGACACAAGUACACAAAAGACACACAAAACGCAACACACACAAACUCAAGUCACGCACACUAUUAAAACACAACCUACAACCCAAGAUGCAACCACAGAAACAAACAAACCUCACAUAUCGCCCGUGUGUGCCAUAUCUAAACCGCCGCCCCCUUUGCUUUCCAUUGGCUCUGAGUUACAAGCCACGCCCACUCUCCCACCCAAGAAUGCCUCCCAUUCAAAACCAACACAAGUUAAAUCCAAACCAGCACCUCCGGAGCUUUUGAUUGGCUCAGAGAUGAAGCCUAAACCCCAAACCCCGCCCGUUAACACUGAACCCAAAGCUAAGAAACACACAGAUGCCAAGCUCCACCAUAAAGACCCCCACCGACCGGAAUCAGACGAGAUCCCACAAUGCAACGGGGCACCUGGUGUUCUGCACAGCCUGCUGAAGAAUGUAGAAGAGAAUCUGCUGUAUAACCAGGAGAAGAUCAAAGUCCUGCUCAAUGUCAUCCAGGAUCUGGAGAGGAACAAGGCAAUGAGCGAAGGCCGUUGUUUGUACAGAACCGGUCAGGACAUCAACAACUGCUCAACCUGCCAGAAAACAGCCUGCAUCAUCUACAGCGUGGAGCACGACUUCCGCAUUCAGGAGGGCCGUUUCCAAAGCAUUCUCGAGGCCUUGGAGGUGGAGUAUGAUGUCCCGCCCCCUCUCCCAAAGCCCGCCCCCGUACAACCUCGAACAAAGAGCCGCAUCAAGAAACUGAGAAAGAAAUGUUUCUGGUGGCUGUAGCCCCUGACAACACAAAACUACUGGCCAUCACCAUAGAGAUACAGUAUACUCUACAACAUCACGGGUGCCAUGGAAACAUACAACUGCACUUGAAAAUGCCACUGCUUGAUCUUGUUGACAAGGAGUUCACCAGCCUCACUGUUGUCAUGGAAAUACAAUUAUGGUUAUUAUAUUGACAGAAACCAGCUUCCAAAAACAAUGUUACGACCCCAAGUUUUCCCAUGUUAAAAUGAUUUAACGAUUCCUCUUUGAAUUAAUGUUCCAGUGUGACAAACUACUCAAAGAAAGGACGAAACCAGAAGAGCAACUGACAUCCUGAAAACUUGAGGACAAUUAAAAAUCCAAGGAGACGCACUAGUCAAUAAAUGCCCUUCAUCGGAUCUGACAGAGCUGAAAAGCAGUCAAUAUCCCUCUUUACGAUGACGGACAGAGUGUUAGUCUAAUGGAGGACUCGCUGUCUCAAUGCGAGACAUCUCAUUGCACCAUUCUGACCUCAAUGUGUGUCACCGACUAAUGAAUGUCAAAAGCUCAGUUUCAACACCUAGUGAGCUGCCUACCUAGACAGUAUUUUAGCAACAUAGACAUGCUCCUGACAUGAAGACUGUUCCAAAAGGUAGGCAGCAACAUUAUUUUGCCCUUUAAAGUAGCACAUUAAUGUCAGAUUACAAGGUAGCAUUGAAUGGAUCGUUCACUGUAAAGGCAAUCUGAGAAUGCGACUCCAUCUUGGAGCAAUAUCAAAUCAGUCACUUGAGAUUUGGGUUAGGGUGCAGUCUUAGAAGAUAGCUGCCUAUGUAGGCAGUAGAGAAGGAAGGAAGCUUGCUAGAUUUUGGAACAGAUCCUAAAUGUAUCAAAACAAUUCCAGAAGUUCAUUUGAGCUGCAAUUCUAGAAGCGGAACAGAAUUAUGGUGUAUUAUGGAAUUGCGCACAUCAUGUCGGAAUUACCGUAACCAAGAGUUUCUGAGAAACUGGCCCAA